CAAACAACAAAUUAACGUUAGCCACACACAGAAGGAAGGCGCUGGCAAAUAGCAACGCAGACGGUGGACAGGUUUCUUGAUGCUGCACCUCUCAUGUGGUGGAAUUGGUUUCCAUAUCAGAUGCCAUCUCCGGUUCCGUCUCCGGAGGCUCAACACACCUGCCACUGACACGUUUACUUUCGGCGUCAAGCGCCGUUGUUGUCUGUUGUUUUAAGCUGCCCCUAUGAGCACGCUAGGUAUGCCGGGCACACCAGGGAGAAGUGAUUUGCCGCCAACAAGAACAAUAAUUGUCUAUAGGAACGGAGACGCUUUCUUUCCCGGACGGAAGGUAGUUGUGAAUCCGCGGCAGGCGUCUACCUUUGACAGUUUUUUGACCUCUCUGACCAGGGGGGUCGAGGCUCCGUUUGGCGCCGUGAGGAAGCUGCACACACCCGUACAGGGCCGCGAAGUUCAGCAUUUGGAGGACUUGAAGCACGGGAGUGCGUACGUUGCAGCCGGAAAGGAGCAGUUCAGAAAGCUGGGCUAUUGUGAGAUAACAACCAAGAAGCCACAGAAUAAGGCAAAAGAACAGAUCCGACCUGUUGUUCAUAGCAGAAUAGAAGUUUCUGCUCGCUGGAGGAGAACUACUGAUGAGUCUUGCACAAUAAAUGUAUUUACCAAUGGAGAUGUCUUGGCGCCUCCAGCUCGAAUACGGAUUCCAAAGUACACGCUCAGAAGUUAUGAAAAUGUUUUAGCCAUGGUGACAGAGAAAGUGCAUCUUCGUACUGGUGCUGUGUACAGGCUUUGCACAUUAGAAGGUCGACCUGUCUGUGGUUCCACUGAACUGGAGAACAACCAGCACUAUGUCGCAGUUGGUGCAGAAAAGUUUAAAGCGCUCCCAUAUGACCAGUGUGUCCCUAGGGUUUUAAUCAGGGAAAACAACGCAUUUAAAGGCCAAGACAUCCUGCCUCCUAUUAGAAAGACAAGACAUGCGAAGGAUUUGUUUGCUCACACAGCUCUGGGAGAGGACCUUGAGCACACAGCCAGGGGCAAGAUGAAGAAACGCACAGCCAAGCCGGGGAGAGCCAAACAACAGAGGCAGGUGUCCGGAAACCCAGUCCUCUUCCCAACAGGGGAGGGCAGCGUGUUCAAUGCACAAAACAAAAGAAUUGAGAUGGCAGGAGCAGGAGAGGUGCAGGAGGACUGCCAUUUGAAGGUGGACCUGCCAAUUGAUCAGGUUGAGGCCAAGAUAGUUGAAGAGGAGUAUGAAGAUGGUAGUUGUUCUGCGAGUCCCUGCAAGGCCCCCCUCCAUGAUUCAGACAGCUUGUGUCUGCAGAGGUUUUUGUCUGCAGGUUCCAGGAAGGAAGAAGCUAAAGAGAGGGAGGUGUCUUCCAGGCUUGGCUUAAUACGGUCACGGAUGUCCCGGUUUUUCAAGGUGGAUCUGCAGAUGACACAGAUGCAAAGCAUAACUGGAGACUCAGAACCAUAGAGGCGGGAAGUGGGAUGUGAAAGGAUAUACAAGUGAUCUCUAACAGAAUCAAACCUGCCUGCCACUUGCUUUGCAUCAAAAUGUCAAUAUCUGGGCCAGAUUUUAUCCUUGAAAGGAAUUUUUCAGCUGAGUGAAAAUAGUAGGCCUUUUUCUAAAAGCAAAUCUACCAUCAAAGUAUUCACUGUACCCUGCCUCCUUCACAUAUUUUACCAGGGGUAUUCCAUCUUGACUUCCAUGUAUAAAAGCAGGAGAUACUACUGGGUUCAGUUCGGUUGAGAUUCUCCUUCAAAAGUUAUUGGCACAAUGUACAAUGGCCUUGUAAUUUAUGAGAACUGUUAGGGCCUCUGACAGAAGUUGUAAAGCAUCUUGACUGAUUGGGUAGAUGUGAGAUGUGAGCAGUCAUGGCAUAUUGUCGCCUGUAUGUGCGCACGACAUGCAGAGAGUUGCAUGGCUUGCUCUGUCACAGAUAAAUUACUCCACACAGUCAAAUUAAGUUGUUGUAAAUCACAUUGCAGACCCAAGACUAGUCCUGAGUGACGACCUUUACGCCUAUUUGACUUUAACUCUUAUUUAUGUUAAUCACAUCUGUAUUAUACCGACAGUAAAAUUGUGUCAUAUUCUCAAAGGUCAUUGUUUUGCAGCACAGCAUAUGACAGGGACAGAAAAACACACUAGUUUUUGUUUUUCAUUGAGGGUAAGAAAUCUUGGCAUGAUGGUUUGAAUCUGGAAUGUUUACAUAUAAACAUUUUUUUUUUUUUAUUCUCCAAUUUUUCCAGAAAAAAUGAAACAUUAACAUUCCUUGUUUUGAUCUGCAUGACAUUAAUUCAAAAGGUAUGUAAUAUACAAAUACAAAUAAUAAUAUGAAUAAUAUAAUUAAGUAUCUCAUUGAUUCAACUUUUCAUCUCAAAUACAUAGAAUGUAGUAGAGCUCCAUACAGCGCACAGCAUUGCUAAUCAACCAUGUUAUUGUAACAAAUGUAUAGCAUCUUGUGUGCAUUACAGAUGCUUGGUGUG